AGUCGCUCAUUUCCUCUUCACACGAGCGGCGGAGAGCGACCGCGCCGCGUAGCCUCGCUUUCCACGAGUUACACCACAAAAAGCAACAUCCCUCGCAGAAAACGUUCUGCGGGGACGCUGUUGGUCAGUACUUGUAGUUUGGAAAGCUGCCUGUAAAGUGUGACUUGUGUUUCGUCCAUCAUCGUAUAGGACAGCCCGGAACAAUGGCAUCAGCAGGAACUGUGGUCAUUUCCCUGCUACUCGCUGGCACGUUGAGCGCCGUGGCUACAGAAAGACACAUCCGGAGGGUGACAACAGAGGGUGCAGUUCGUGGCAAAUUGGUCCGUGUCCUGGGGAAACGUGUGGAGGAGUACCGCGGCAUUCCGUUCGCCGAACCACCUAUUGGAAAGCUCCGGUUUCUGCCUCCGCAGCCUAAGAGUGCUUGGGAAGGCACUCUCGACGUGACUUCAAGGUCGACGGCUUGCCCUCAGAUCGCGAUGCCUGACUUCAAGCUGGACGGCGUUACCAUCACAGAGGAUUGCCUGCAUCUCAACGUCUGGGUACCCGAAAGCGCCUCUAGAACUUCCUCUAGGCGACCUGUCCUCGUCUGGAUCCAUGGAGGAAGCUUCGCUUUCGGCAGCGCUAAUGAAGCGAAUUACACUGGAGCACGGCUCGCCGCUCUUACUGACAUGCUUGUUGUCGCUAUGAACUAUCGACUUGGCAUACUAGGCUUUCUGAAUGCGAACUCUCCCGAGGCACCUGGUAACGUUGGUGCCAUGGAUCAGAACAUGGCUUUAAAAUGGGUGCAGCGCAAUAUCAAAUCUUUCGGAGGAGAUUCAAAGCGAGUCACCUUGUUUGGUGAGAGUGCAGGCGCUGUCAGCGCGCAUGCCCACAUCUUGUCCCCGAUGAGCGCUGGUCUUUUCAGGAGAGCCGUGUUGAUGAGUGGCACAAUGUACAGCUUCGAUAUUUGGGACACUGUAGAAGAGAACAUGGCAAAAGGUGACGCAGUUGCAAAUGUUGUCGGCUGCUCCAGGGAAGGGACCAUCAGCAUCUCGUCCAAUCCUGAAGAGGUUGUGAACUGCAUGCGAAACAAGUCAGCGGAUGAACUCUCGAACGCUACUUUUGCGGACAUGGUGCUAAGGCUCGUUCCAUUCAGUAUCACCUACAAUAACCAGUUCCUUCCCCGGCAUCCUUGGGUGGCCAUAAACCGCGGAUUCUUCUCAUCGGUCGAUGUAGUAGCCGGCGUAACCUCCGACGAAGCUGCCCUGUUUCUUCUCGCUCAGCAGAAAUCGGAGCUCUUGGUCGAAGAUCUUAGCGGUGCUGCAACAGAGGUAAUCACUGAUUCUCUUCGUGCCUCACUAUUAGGGCUUCUUAAAUCAGACCUUCCAGACAUGCUAAAGCAGUACACGGAUGAAGUCCCGCAGGGCGACAACAACGCACUCAGGAGGCAGUACGUUGACUACGUAUCUGACAGAGUGUUCAACUGCCCGCUGCGGUUCUUUGGAGAAAAGCACGACGAAAGGAAUAAUAAGGUGUUCGUCUAUGUGUUCGCCCAUAAGUCGUCCAAGUCUGCGCUGCCAGAAUGGAUGGGAGUGCCGCACGCCUCGGAUGUACAGUUUGUGUUCGGUGAACCCUACGCCGAAGACCCUGGUUCCCUGGACGGCCGCAUGAGUGAGGCGUUCAUUCGGAUGCUGGCAAGUUUCAGCGAGAACGGCACUCCUGAACUACCCAUGGCGCAGAAAUGGCCACAGUACACAUUUUCUACACCAGCAGUGAUUGUAAUGGGUCAAGGACACUUCAACGAGACGCAGGGAUUCCGCGCUACCCAGUGCGAACGCUGGAGGUCACUGUACACAAAUACAUCAGUAUCUUGCUGAAAUAAAUAAAAUUUCACCUCUUCA